AUUAAGUAAAACCAGAUACUAGUUCAUCACCAAUGGCACUACCGUCAUCCAGAGCCAUUACCAACUCCCCACAAGCCCUGGACCUUACCCCUCUUGUCACCUCCAUAACUUCCCUUCUCCAAACUCUAAACCCAAAAAACCCCAACCCCAUAAACCUCAGUUCAGCACCUCUAAACCGCUUCUCACCUUACCUAGAACCAAACUUAGUCAUCCAAGUCAUCAACAAACAAACCAACCCUUACCGUGCUCUCUUCUUCUUCAACUGGGCAGCUAAUCCAAACCCAAAUCCUAAAAACUAUACCCACGAUAAUAAGUGUUAUGAAGCCAUCACAAAUCUCCUCCUUUCCCACUCCCUAUUCUCCCCUGCCAUUCAACUCCUUGAAAAAUCUCAAAAGCUCUCAGAUUUCUUCGUUAGCAAAAUCAUCAAGGCCAAUGGGGAUAAAGGUAAUAUCAAAGCUGCUAUCUUUUGGUUUCAAAAAGCAAAAGCCGUUGGGAAAGACAACUACCUGUUUUCAUUUAAUACAAUUCUGGGUGUUUUAGUUAAAGCUAAUAAGAUAAAUAUUGUUAAGACGUUGUUUGAUCAGGUUGUGAAGGAAGGUUUGGUUCAACCUGAUGUGUCUUCCUAUACUACAUUGAUUAGGGCUUUGUGUAAAAUGGGGAUGGUUGAGAGUGCAAAAAAGGUGUUUGAUGAAAUGAGUUGCGAGCCAAAUUUUCUUACUUUUAAUACUAUGAUUAAUGGGUUCUGUAAAAAGGGUGAUAUGGAGAGUGCAAGUUUUUUGUUUUAUCAGAUGGUUAAUGAAGUGGAUUGCUUGCCUGAUACAGUAACUUACACUACUUUGAUUGAUGGGUAUUGCAAGAAAGGAGAAUUUGAAGAGGCAAUGAAGUAUAUGGAUAAGAUGGUGAAAACGGGUUGCUUGCCCAAUGUGUUGACUUAUAAUGCUAUUAUAUAUGCUUUGUGUCUUAAAGGGGAAGUUGAUGAGGCAAAAAGGAUGAUGUCCAAGAUGAGGUUGAACGGAGUGAAGGAUAAUACUGCAACUCAUAUGAGUAUAUUAAAAGGGCUAUGUGUUGUGGGGAGGUCUAAAGAAGCCAUUGAAUAUUUUAGGUGGAUGGUCAGAUGUAAUAUGGAUUUGGAUGCAAAAGCAUAUGGAAUUGUUGUGAAUGUGUAUUGCAAGUUGAGAAAACUUGAUGAAGCAAUUUUGCUUUUGAAGGAAAUGAGUGGAAGAGGCAUCUAUCCGAAUGUUUCGAGUUUCAAUUCAGUGUUUAGGACUCUUGUGGAGUCAAGGGAGCUCGAUAGAGCUAUUGUGCUUCUAAAACAGAUGCCACAAUUGGGUUGUUCACCAAAUUUGUUGUCAUAUAGCACCGUGAUAUGCAGUCUUUGUAGGGCUGAAGGGAGGAUGCAAGAGGUUAGAUACCUUGUCGAUGACAUGCUUCAAAAUGGUAUUGUUAUUGAUGCCACUAUGUAUGGUUGCAUAGUUGAAGGACACAGUGAGGAUGGAAAUGAAGAAAUGGCGGUGCAAGUUUUAAAUGAAAUGAUUGGUAAGAGUUAUAUCAUCAGUUCGGAGUGCUUCUCAAUUUUUAUCAAAAUGUUGUGCGAAAAGGGGAUGAUUGUUGAGGCUGAAAAUUUUUUUGAGGACAUUUGUAGGACAUGCCCUUUAAUCGAAAGGGAUAGUUAUAGAAGAGUCUUAGAUGAGCAUCUGCAAAUAACUCAAGGCUCAAGUAAGGAACACAAAUUAGAAGUGAGUUCUUGAGGGAAAAAAACAUCAAAGGUUUUGUUUUGCCUGAGAAUUGUAAUCAAUCUUUCUUAUCAAUCUACCCGAAUGUUCAAAUCCAACUCUGGUUUCUAUUUGAACCCACAAUGAUGCCCUCUUAGCCGAAUUGCAGGCUUUAGCAAACUGCAAACUUGCAAGUAUUCUUCCGAAGCCUUGACCACAUGGUGGACAUGAAAUUAAAUUUGUUAUUCAUCCGGUGGGAGCAGCAACGAGACAGGUAGUUCAAGCAGCACAGCUUGCUUAAUUUGCUUGUCCACCAGAGACGAGAUGGGGAAUCAGCACCAACCCUUUGACCUGUAUGUUGCAUUGCAAUUGGUGGUUGGCACUGUAUUCAUCCGAACUUCAUACUUUUCUUUUUCCUUUUGGUUUCAAACCAUGGUUAAUGCUUCUCUUUAGAACAUAGAUUCUUCCUGUUUUCUCGGUUUAAAAGGUGGAGGUUACCAAAAUCACACUUCACAAAACAGGGUGACAAAAUUCAGUGUGACCGAAAAGAAAUCAAACUACAAAGAUUAGGUCUCUUUGCCUUUUAUAAACAUGCACUAGCUAGCCCGGUGCAACUCAUGCUACUGGUGAUUGGUUCACCUUUCAUUUGUAAAAUCCUAUGUUUUUUGUUUCCCAUAAUUUAGCGCCACCAACAUAUCUAUAUUUUCCCAUGAUCCCUCCCCUUAUCCCAACCGAAAGGUGGCA